AUGAAGGCUUUUACCGUGCUCUCGUUGCUAACAACCUUGGCUGCUGCGCGGUACAUUAAUGGAGCCGAGCACACACCUUUCAAGGGUGUGAACGUGAAGCGUUCAGCUUCCAACACAACAACACUCGAAGACUACGAGUAUGUCAUUGUCGGUUCUGGUGCUGGAGGCUCUCCUCUAGCCGCCCGGCUCGCUCUCGCUGGGCACAAGGUCCUCCUCCUUGAAGCUGGUGAUGAUCAGACCAACACAACCCAGUACAAUGUUCCUGUUCUACACGCUGUUGCUUCCGAGUAUGAGCCCAUGAGAUGGGACUUCUUCGUCAAGCACUUUGACGACGAGCAAGACGUAGUAAAGGACACCAAGCUCACAUACGAGCUGCCCGACGGUUCUCGUUACACUGGCGCGAACCCGCCUGCUGGCGCAAAACCUCUUGGUAUCCUCUAUCCUCGUGUCGGUUCUCUGGGUGGUUGCACCAGCCACAAUGCUCUUAUCACAAUCUAUCCAUACAGGAGCGACUGGAAACACAUCCAGGAUCUCACUGGAGACGACUCGUGGUCUCCAGACAAUAUGCGAAAGUACUUCAUCAAAAUGGAGAGGUCGCGCUACCUGCCCAGCAGUAUCUUUGGUCACGGUUUCAACGGUUGGUUGGAGACUUCCUUGACUCAGCUCAGUUUGAUCGCACAGGACUUCAAAGUCUUGUCUUUGGUUAUCGCUGCUGCCAGUGGGAUGGGUAGGGGCCUUAUCGGGUCACUGCUCACAAGUGUUACUGGCCUUGCUCAAAUCUUGCUCCGCGACAUCAACCACCCUGGUCCGGGGCGAGACUCUGAAGAGGGUCUGUGGCAAGUUCCUCUGGCCAUGAAGAUUCCAGAAUACAAGCGUGCUGGUCCUGUUGACUUGCUCAACCAGGUCAUCAACGCCAAAAACGCCGAUGGCAGCCGCAAGUAUCAUCUCGACGUUCAGCUCAACACUCUUGUUACCACCGUCAAAUUCGAUAAGAGUAAGGAUGGCAAGCCCAAGGCUACUGGCGUCAACUUCUUGACUGGCAGGUCUCUUUAUGGUGCUGAUCCCCGUCGACAAGCUGGCCGUGUCACUACCAAGGGAACUCCAGGCUCUGUCACUGCUACCCGCGAGGUUAUCCUGUCCGCAGGUGCUUUCAAUACUCCACAAAUUCUAAAGCUUUCUGGCGUCGGCCCGAGGGAAGAGCUUGAGCGGUUCAAUAUCCCCGUUGUCAAGGACCUUCCAGGUGUUGGUACGAACCUCCAAGAUCGCUACGAGGUCCCUGUCAUUGGCGAGGCCCCUUCUAAGCUCGCUCUUCUCAACGGCUGCACCUUCCUCGAGGGCUUCGACGCCUGCCUUGAGAAAUAUGAGACUCAGCCCCCUAUCAACAAGGGUGCCUAUGCAACUAAUGGUGUUGCCAUCGCCAUCACCAAAAAGUCCAAGAAGACCCUCAACGGCAACGCUGAUCUUCUCAUUGCUGGAUGGCCCGCUUACUUCAACGGCUACUAUCCCGAUUACUUCCAGAACGCCACUCGUGACAGAACUCAGUGGACUUGGCUCACACUGAAGGCGGAGUCCCGCAACAACGCUGGUACCGUUACCCUUCGCAGCACCGACCCCCAGGACGUACCCGAUAUCAACAAGCGCAACUUUGAUGUUGGCCGUGAGGACGAUUUGGACGCGCUUGUUGAGGGCAUGAAGUUCAGCCGCAAGGCUUUCAAGGACUUGAUUCCUCUCGACGGAAAAUUCACAGAGGUCUGGCCUGGCAAGAACAUCGCAACUGAUGAGCAGAUGAAGGAGUUCGCCAUGAGCGAGUCAUGGGGUCACCACGCUUCGUGCACGGCUGCUAUUGGUGCUGACGAUGAUGUGAAUGCCGUUCUAGACGGUGAUUUCAAGGUUCGUGGGGUUGAGAACCUACGCGUCGUCGAUGCUUCUUCGUUCCCCAAGAUUCCAGGUACCUUUUUGGCUACUCCUAUCUAUAUGAUCGCCGAAAAGGCUGCGGACGUCCUCAUCGCUAGCGCAAAGGAUUAA